UCGGCUUCCUCGUGAUAAAUCUCGUGUGUGUAUUUUUUCCGGGAAAAUCGCGAUUGGAAAAUUUUAAAAUUUAAGAGAUUGAGAAAUGAAGCAAACCAAUUAAAAUCAAAUCCGCUGUGAAUUUAUCAUCGGUAGCUGAUAGAUCCAUGAGCUGAAUUACCAGCUUUAUAUAACGAGAUGAACUCUUGAGUUUGUUGUUUGUUGUAUCUGAAUCCGAACGAUUUGGAAUCUAAAAACUCGCUGGAUCGCUUUUUUUUCUUCUUCUUCUUCCCAUAAACGUCGUUUAAAUCACUUUGUGCGUUUCAUUUCGCGACUAGAUUCAGGAUUCUUUUAAGGUGUAUAAAGCAUUGCCUUUUUGACAAACCAGGAAAUGGUUAAAAGACAUGGGGAGUAUUGAUUCACGAGAGGUAUCAUGUCGCAGUGCGUAGACGGUUUCAAGUAUGUGUGCUCCUCUUUUUUCCGGUGUUUUGAUAUCGAUAUAUACAAACAAUCUGGAGGCAUUGGAGACCCUGAACUGCUUGCCAGAGAGACAGUUUUUAGCGUGAGUGAGAUAGAGGCUCUCUAUGAGCUGUUUAAGAAAAUCAGCAGUGCUGUGAUUGACGAUGGGCUAAUUAACAAGGAAGAGUUUCAGUUAGCCUUGUUCAAGACAAAUAAAAAAGAGAGCUUGUUUGCAGACCGGGUAUUCGAUUUAUUUGACACAAAGCAUAAUGGAAUACUGGGGUUCGAGGAGUUUGCUCGUGCUCUCUCUGUCUUUCAUCCAAAUGCUCCUAUAGAAGACAAGAUUGACUUUUCGUUUCAGCUAUAUGAUCUUAAGCAGCAAGGUUUCAUCGAGAGGCAGGAGGUGAAGCAAAUGGUGGUGGCUACUCUUGCUGAGUCCGGCAUGAACCUGUCAGACGAAAUCAUAGAGAGUAUAAUCGACAAGACAUUUGAGGAAGCUGACACAAAACACGAUGGGAGGAUCGAUAAGGAAGAGUGGAGGAUCCUUGUUCUUAGGCAUCCUUCUCUUCUAAAGAACAUGACCCUCCAGUAUCUCAAGGAUAUCACGACUACAUUUCCGAGCUUUGUGUUCCACUCGCAGGUGGAAGAUUCCUGAGAAAAAAAAAA